CAAGUCUUCUGGACCCAUCGAUGGCCGUCGCCUCGACGCCGCUCGUCGCGGCACCAUCGUGCCCGGCCUGGGCGAAGCAUCGUCGCGGGCGCCAGCCGCAGUUCGACGGCAAGCCGUGCGAGCCUGCUAAGGAGGAGGACAUGUGGCUGUGCCUGGCCGACGGCCGCGCGCGCAGCACCGCCGACCUGAAGCGCCUGGCGACAGCCGCUCGGGUGCGAGCGAAACGAGCAAGAGAUGCAGCCGCCGCGAACACGCGCGAUCGGCAGGCGCGCGACCAGCGCCGCCGGCAGCGUGAGCAGCACGACCGGCGCGCAGCGCCGGCGGUCGCCAAGACCGUGCGCCCACAACGCGGCCAGUGCGGCUGCCCGGCGCACGCGGUGUGCGGCAUGUGCGUCGACCAGGGCAAGCUCGCCGCGGCCGAGCAGGCGGCCAUCGACCUGGAGACGCGCUUCCACGCCUCGACGAACGUCGUCAUGGACCUGGAGCGGCCCGAGGACGAGACGGCGGCGCUGCUGCAGCGCUGCGUGCACGUCUCCGACGAGACGAAGCGGCGGCUGCUGGGCGAGUGGAGCGACGAGCGCAUGGCGCACGCGCUGCCGCUGCACGCAUGCGCCUCGUGCGGCGUGCGGGACCCGUCGCUGACGUACACGCGGGUUGACGUGUCGGCGCUGCCGCGCACUGUGUCUGUGCGCGUAGCCGGCGGCGAAGACGAGACGCGGCACGUGUUUGAGCUCUCGCCCGAGCAGUGCGCUAAGUAUCGAGGUCUUCAAAACAAAAAGGUGCGCCUUGCGUACUCGGCGUACUUUGCGGGCGAGCUUGCCAAGCGAAGCGCAAAGGACGGACGCAAACGGCGCCGUGGCGCCGGCGCCGCGAGCGCAAGAAAGAAGCAGGCCGCACCCACAGCCCGGUCGCCCGCCGACGCGAGUGACGGAGAGGGUGACGAGCAGAUGCGCGACGCAUCAGACGCGCAGGAUGACGGUGCAAGCAUGUCCGAGGGUGAGUAAAAGUGUGAGGUUUGGUGGAUGGAGGCUGUAGCGUCGUCGCGCGUAAGAAGCGUGGUGAAAUUUAGAAAAGGAGUUGCGGUGUUGAUCGCCGCGGGAGCCCUCUUA